CGUCCACUGCCAUACAACUGCUGCUGCUACAAAUACAAUACCACACCACGUUUCUUCACAGCACGACGCCACCGACGACAGACAUCGCGCGCACCGAGCUCGAAAGCAGCCGACGCUCCUUUGUACAUUUGCCCGCGGCUCGGCGAGGCGAUCCGUACGAACUCCAGCAGGGUCACUUACAGACAAAGCCCACGGAGAAGAGCGAACCCGGGCCUGGGGAUAAGAGAAGCGCCAUAUCGAAAGACGUACCAGACUCAUACCGCUGCCCAAGAUGGCCGGCACCAGGAAUUAUGACUUUCUCAUCAAAUUGCUGCUCAUCGGCGACUCUGGCGUAGGCAAAUCAUGCUGUCUCCUGCGUUUCAGCGAAGACUCCUUCACGCCUUCUUUUAUCACGACCAUCGGCAUCGACUUCAAGAUCCGGACGAUUGAGCUCGACGGCAAGAGAGUAAAGCUGCAGAUAUGGGAUACUGCUGGUCAGGAGCGAUUCCGAACCAUCACCACUGCAUAUUACAGAGGCGCAAUGGGCAUCCUACUGGUUUAUGAUGUCACAGACGAGCGCAGCUUUAACAACAUCCGAACAUGGUUCUCGAACGUCGAGCAACACGCAACAGAAGGCGUCAACAAGAUCCUCAUAGGCAACAAAUGCGACUGGGAAGAGAAGCGAGCCGUGUCGACCGAACAAGGCCAAGCAUUAGCAGACGAGCUAGGCAUACCGUUCAUGGAAGUCUCCGCGAAGAGCAACAUCAACGUCGACAAGGCUUUCUACAGUUUGGCAACCGAUAUCAAGAAACGAAUCGUGGAUACGCAGCAACCCGCGCAUACGAACAACCAGAACGUCAGCGUGGGAGGCGGCUCGGGUAGCGCGGGAGGUCUUGGAAAGAACUGCUGUUGAGAGUGCUUCUUUUCUUAUGAGGUUAGACUUAUGCAGUGAACAGAGCGCAUGGGGACUAAUUUGGAGUUGCUCCUUUUAUUUUCACGACAUGGCGUUUUUUUUUGUGUGUGCUGGAGAUCAAAUAGUACCCCCAGGUCAGGCAGGUAUAUCGGAUGGCAUUGUACAGGCAGCCUUUUUUUGUCUCGAAAUUUUCACAUGGCUUUCUUGCGUUUCACUUUCACUGCAGGACAGCCCGUUACGAGAUAGAUAUGGGUGCGAAGCAAUGGAUUCAACGCU